UCGAUACAACUCUACUUCGGGCUACACGAUUUUUUUUCUUCAUUUAAUUGCAAAUACAUGCUAUACAAGCGAAUAUUAAGUGUAUAUAAUAAGGUUAUUAAAGCUUUACGCGCGGCUUUUAAGCGUAUUGCGAUACAGUGGCUGAAAAAGGCUGUAACGCCCGGCUGGGAAGAAGGAGAAGAUAAUACAAAAGACCGGCAGCAGCAGCUUGCUCGCUCACGCACACCAACACCCACACACACACACAUCUCGUGCAAAAACAAAAUUCAAAGAGAAAGAGAUUGAGAAUUGAAAGCGGAAAUUGUGUGUGAUCAUCAACAUAAAUAUACAAUAUACAAAAUACAUAAUAUAUUUAGGCCAUGAAGAAUGUAUUGAUGGUGGCGGAGAAGCCGUCGCUGGCUGCCUCAUUAGCAUCGAUACUUUCCAAUGGACGCUGCACAGUGAAGCGAGGUAACAAUGGCUGCUCCACACACGAAUGGUCUGGACACUUUCGGCAUGAGGGAAAUGUGCAUUUUCGCAUGACAUCGGUGUGUGGACAUGUGAUGUCAUUGGAUUUCAUUAGCAAAUAUACAUCCUGGGACAAGGUGGAUCCCGUAGAACUCUUCAAUUGCCCCACGGAGAAAAAGGAAUGCACACCGAAGCAACAAAUGCGCACAUUUUUGGCCCAUGAAGCUCGUGGUUGCGAUUAUUUGGUGCUUUGGCUCGAUUGCGAUAAGGAGGGUGAAAAUAUCUGCUUUGAGGUGAUGGAUGCAGUGCAGCAUGUUAUCCAUAAUGUGUACAGUCACAGUGUCACAUACCGGGCACACUUCUCGGCCAUUACGGACAAGGACAUCAAGGGUGCUAUGGAAACACUGGGACAUCCCAAUGAGAACGAGGCGAAAUCGGUGGAUGCUCGACAGGAAUUGGAUUUGCGCAUCGGUUGUGCAUUCACACGAUUCCAGACCAAAUUCUUUCAGGGACGCUACGGUGAUUUGGACUCCUCAUUAAUCUCAUAUGGACCAUGUCAAACGCCAACACUUGGUUUCUGUGUCAAGCGUCACGAUGAUAUUCAAUUAUUUAAGCCCGAAACAUUUUGGUAUCUCCAGCUGUUGGCCGGACAGCCGGAGUGUACGCUGGAGUGGGCACGUGGACGUGUCUUCAAAAAGGACAUUGCCAUCAUGCUCCUGAAUCGCGUCAAGGAACACAAGGAGGCCACCGUGGAAAGUGUGAGCAGCAAGGAAUCGUUCAAGAGUAAACCUCAGGCACUCAACACGGUUGAAUUGAUGCGAAUUUGCAGCUCCGGUCUGGGAAUUGGACCCUAUCAGGCGAUGCAAUUGGCGGAGCGUCUAUAUACGCAGGGCUAUAUCAGUUAUCCGCGCACAGAGACCAAUCAAUAUCCGGAGAACUUUGAUCUGCAUGCCACGUUGCGUGUGUUGCAGCCCUCCAGUGAAUUUGGCGAUGAGGCGCGUGCAAUUGCCAGUGACUUUCAAUCGCCGCGAAAGGGCAAAGAUGCCGGAGAUCAUCCGCCGAUCACACCAAUGAAAUUGGCAAAUCGCAAUGAUUUUGAUCGUGACACAUGGCGUGUCUACGAUUUCAUAUGUCGCCAUUUUAUGGGCACAAUAUCGAGAGAUUUGAAAUAUCGCACGACAACAGCGAAACUGCGUGUUGGCAUCGAAAGUUUCUCGUGUACGGCGAAUGUGUUGAUCGAUGCGGGAUUUACCAAGGUGAUGACAUGGCAGGCAUUUGGCAAGGAUGAACCCAAUCCGCCAUUUGUUCAAGGCACCCAAGUGGCCAUCAAUGAUGUCCGUUUGGCUGAGAGUCAGACUGGUCCGCCCGAUUAUCUAACCGAAGCCGAAUUGAUAACGCUGAUGGAGCAACAUGGCAUUGGCACCGACGCCUCCAUACCCGUCCACAUCAAUAACAUUUGUCAGCGCAAUUAUGUGCGCAUUGAAACGGGUCGCAAACUGAUACCCACCACAUUGGGCAUUGUUUUGGUGCAUGGCUAUCAGAAGAUCGAUCCGGAACUGGUUUUGCCCACCAUGCGAUCGGAGGUGGAACGCAUGCUGACACUCAUUGCCAAGGGAUCGGCGGAUUUCAAUGAUGUUCGACGACAUGCCAUCAAAAUCUUUAAACUCAAAUUCAUGUAUUUCGUUCAGAACAUUGCCAGCAUGGAUAUGCUCUUUGAAUCAUCCUUCUCUCCACUUGCCGAGUCGGGGAAGGCGCAUUCGCGGUGUGGCAAGUGUCGACGUUACAUGAAGUAUAUACAGACGAAACCCGCCCGUUUGUAUUGCUCGCACUGCGAUGAGAAUUAUACGUUGCCCAAUGGAAAUGUCAAGGUUUAUCGUGAGUUCAAAUGUCCGUUGGAUGACUUUGGACUGUUGGCCUUCUCGACGGGGGUGAAGGGACGCUCGUUUCCCUUUUGUCCGUACUGUUACAAUCAUCCGCCGUUUAGGGAUAUGCCCAAGUUUGGCGGUUGCAACACCUGCACACAUCCCACCUGCCCCCAUUCCCUUAACACGCUGGGCAUUUCCAGUUGUGUGGAAUGCGAGACGGGAGUUCUGGUUUUGGACAGCACAUUGUCGCCCACCUGGAAAUUGGGCUGUAAUCGUUGUGACGUCAUCAUUAACUGCUUCAAGGGUGCCACCAAAAUAACUGUCGAAGAUACCAAAUGCAGCGAUUGUGGUGCUCAGCUGCUGAAUGUGGUGUACAAAUCGGACAAGUCCAAGUUUAAGGAUGGCAGCGAGGAGAAAAGUGGUUGUAUUUUCUGUUCCAAUGAUUUUUCGCAUCUGGUGGAGAAACAUCGAGCGGUCGCCUCCCGUCAAGUGCGCAGUGGUGCGCCACGUGGUGGUGCAGCUGGCGGUGCUGCUGGUGGCGGUGCUGCCGGCGGUGGUGCUGGCAAUACACGUGGUGGUCGUCAUGGCGGCCGUCCGCCCAAGGAUAAAAUGGCACAGUUGGCGGCAUAUUUCGUUUGAUGGCUUGCUAUUCAAUCUGGAUUAGGCUCUAAAAUGCAUUUGAUUGUCUAACUCCCCACUAAAAUCAAGUCUAGUAUGCGAGACUUGGCAGUAAAUAAACGAAGUUUGUACAAAUUUCA